AUGUUGAAGAACAUUGUGAAGAUCGUGACUGAGACGGCACUAAAAAUCAUCGUUCCAAACAUGGCUGAUAUUCCCGAAUGUGAAUACUUCAUCGCCUUGCUCUUCAGAACCCGGUUCCUCCUGUCAAACUCAUUAUUCAGGAUCAAGCAGGAAUUAUUAGCUGAGAAUCCUUUCUUCUGUAACACUAGUGACGAGUUUCAGUCAGUCACCGUUGCUGUCCUGUUACUUCUGGAAGAUUGCAGUGGUGUGAAGCUGAAGGAUGACGAACACGAGCUUAAAGAGCUUCAGAGCAGGCUCAUUGACACACUGUACACACAGGUGCUACAGAGAACUGGCUCUCAGAAUGAAUUGUUUGAGGCGUUAAAGUCCCAGAGUCCAGAGCUGACCGGAUCACUGGCAGUCUCGAUCAUCAGGACACUUCAGAGCAUGAGUCCAGACGACAGCUACGUUACGUCAUCAUUGCCGUAUUCUUCCUCAUCACAAGAAAGCCAGAAGAUGCCAGAACUGAAGAAUCUCUUCAAGAAAUUGAGGAAAGGGAAGACAGGAAGUUCCGACUCUCUGGACCAGAAGCAGCACUGCUCUACUGACGCUGAUAUGAGGUCGUGGGGAGCCUGGAGUGUAUCCCGGGGAACUUGGGGCACAAGGCGGGGGACACCCUGGACGGGGUGCCAAGCCAUCGCUGGGCACAAUCUCACAACUCACACACACUACGGACAGUUUGGAAAUCCUCCAACCCAGGAGAUGCGAGGCAACUGUGCUGACCACUAA